AUGUCAAAAUAUGGCAUAGAAAAGGACAAUGUCGUGAAGGCAGCAAAUGAGAGUUACAACAUGAAUCGAAAGACACAAAAUUUAGAUGAAAAUCCUGAUGAAAUUAUAAGAUCAUCCUAUGAAAAAGUUUUCAAAACCGCAAAAGAAAGUGCAAAGAGAGUUACAAAUGUAAUUGAAAAUACUCUCACAAGUCAAUUCACGCCCUCAGAAGGUCAACGUAGAAGAACAGCAGUAUUUGUUGGUGACCGUUCAAUUGAAAUAUUUAAAUCAAUGCAGAAUAUUUCUGCAAGUAAUGAUGAAAUAUCUAUUCCAAACGGACAAUCAACACAGCAGCGGAUGAACAUUAUAGGUGACAAUCAAGUAGUUACCACAUCUAGAUCAAAUCAACAUCGCACAUUUUAUCAAGCACCUUCGCCACGUGAUUACGAGUCUCUUAUGAAACUUUGCGAAGCGUGCAAUUUCUAUAAUCACAGUACCCGAAUUUUGUUCUUGGAUGAAAAGAAGUAG